AUGACUCAAGCAACUGUGGGCUCACGACUUGGGCAACAUAACCCAACAUCAGUUGUUAUCCAAAUGACAUUGAAGGGAUGUCGGUUUGAGCUGCUGCGAAUCAUUGUUUUUCUGGGAACGCAUCUGUCACAGAUCAUCUCUUCUCCGGCAUCCAUAAAGAAGAGGAUGCAAACGCAGUUCACCAAUGCGCGCAAUAACUUCAACGAGCUGGAUGAGCUUGCUCACAAAUUUGAAGUGUGGACUGCAGCCAUAGUUGCUGAGUCCUGUAGCAGAACCUACGACUUUGGACACGCUCAAAUAGAAGAUUUCCAAGAAGAAAUAGGAGCCGGGGAAUCUGCACUCAUCUGA